UUGAGUUAGUUAGGUGGCUUUCAGUUUCCCGUCAAGAUUUUCUACAGACAUACAGCUAAAAACCAAGCCCUAUAUGAACUUAUAUAUUUUUUCAAAGUUGAAUUAUUCAUUAUUUCGCGACAAGUGCCAUGUUUCGAUGUUUCUUAGCCAGCAGACGAAAGGCGUUGGACAAUACUGUUGCUGGCUGGAUGCGGCUGGCCAGUCAGUAUCAAUUUAAGAUCCCAAAGCCUUUCUACUAUCCCGAUCGCCAGGCGGAAAUGAAGCGACCGCACAUGCGGGAAUCUUUGCAGCAGAACGCGAUGUCCCGGUCUGUCAAGUACCCGCACAGCCGGGGCUUGCCCAAGGACUACUACUACAAGGUGCUGGGUGUCAAUAAGUACGCCACUAUCCAGCAGAUACGUUCGGCCUUUUAUGCGCUGGCGAAGCGCUAUCAUCCCGACUCUGCGCACUCGGAGCAGAAGGUCAAGCACUUCCAGGAACUGUCCAACGCCUACAAUAUUCUCACCGACGAGACGAAGCGCCUGGAGUAUGAUCAGUUGGGUGGCGUCAGGGAUGAGCAGGCCUUUCUCGAGCAGGCUGGCAAUCCCAUUGAGAACGAAGACAACAAGGGAUGGUUCACUGAGCAAAGGGCCAAUGAUGAAAUCAAUAGGCUGAAGCACGAUUUGGAGCUGUCACUUGAUUUUCUGGAGGCCACGAUAGGCUGCAAGAAACGGGUGGAUCUGCACUACAUGGCCAAAUGUGAUGCCUGUAAGGGGAAGUCGAAGAUGAUGGCUUACCGCGACGCCGGCAAGGAGCCGUGCCGCCGAUGCAAUGGUACAGGUAAGGAGACCAUCAAGACGAUGACUUCAGUGUCUGUGAGCACGUGCACCCCGUGCAAUGGUAAGGGGUAUACCAACCGCAACGAUUGCGAGACCUGCUCUAAUCGCGGCCAAAUGAUGCACAGCGUCUCAGUGCUGGUCCAAGUGCCAUCGGGAUCGCGGGACGGCGAUGUGUUGAGCAUCGCAAAUCCAAACACCAAACAGCUGGUCAAGUACCGACUUAAGGUGCAGGACAGCGAUUACUUCAAGCGCGAUGGGAACGACAUCCUCACCGAGAAGUACCUUAACAUUUCGGAUGCUGUCCUGGGAGGUACCUUUCACGUGCACGGCAUCUACCAGAGCCUGGAACUGCGCGUCGAGCCCGGAACACAGUCGCACACACAAGUGGUGCUCAAGGGCAAGGGCGUACGAUCCACGAAGGGCGUGGGAAAUCACAUUAUUACGCUAAAGGUGCGAAUACCACAAAAUCUCUCCGUGAAGCAGCGCCAACUUGUCUUGGCGCUGGCCAAGAUAGAGGAUCCGGUAUUUGAACACGAGGCCAAAAGAAUAGAGGCGACAGCCUGAUCCGAACACAGGCACAACACCAGUCGGGAUUUACCCACAACCCCUGUGUUUAAAAUUCUCAAUGUACAGGAUAUUUUGCGUUAAAAUACAUUUAGCAGACACUGAAUAUUGA